AUGGAUGAAAAGAUCUAUCCCGAGAAUUUUACCUGCAUUUUGGACCAACUUCUUGAUGGCUAUGACAACAGGCUGCGACCUGGAUUUGGUGGUCCUGUGACAGAGGUGAAGACUGACAUUUAUGUGACUAGUUUCGGGCCUGUCUCAGAUGUUGACAUGGAAUACACCAUGGACGUUUUCUUUCGACAGACAUGGGUUGACCGGCGUUUGAUUUAUGAGGGGCCAGUAGAAAUUCUGAGGCUGAACAACCUAAUGGUGUCUAAAGUGUGGACACCAGACACCUUCUUCAGGAAUGGCAAGAAGUCAGUUGCUCACAACAUGACAGCCCCAAACAAGCUUUUUCGCAUCAUGAAAAAUGGCACCAUUUUGUAUACUAUGAGACUGACUGUAAGUGCGGAGUGCCCCAUGAAGCUUGUGGACUUCCCAAUGGAUGGACAUGCAUGCCCCCUCAAAUUUGGAAGCUAUGCAUAUCCUCGAACAGAGAUGAUCUAUACCUGGACCAAAGGGCCUCAGCGUUCUGUGGAGAUCCCUCCUGAGUCCUCCAGCCUUGUUCAAUAUGACCUAAUCGGCCAGACUGUCUCCAGUGAAAUCAUUAAAUCCAUCACAGGUGAAUAUGUGGUGAUGACGGUCUUCUUCCACUUGAAACGUAAAAUGGGCUACUUCAUGAUUCAGACGUAUAUCCCCUGCAUAAUGACAGUAAUCCUUUCCCAAGUGUCCUUCUGGAUAAAUAAAGAAUCUGUCCCGGCACGCACAGUCUUUGGCAUCACAACUGUCCUGACCAUGACGACACUCAGUAUCAGUGCACGCCACUCCCUUCCCAAGGUGUCAUAUGCCACUGCCAUGGACUGGUUCAUCGCUGUCUGUUUCGCCUUCGUCUUCUCUGCCCUUAUUGAGUUUGCAGCAGUGAACUACUUCACCAACACACAGAUUGUGCGGACCAAGAAGAAGCAAGCCAAAUGUCCUCCAGUGCCCAAAACAACACCAGUCAUGGACAAGGACAAAGAAAAAGUGCCGCAGCAGAAUCCUGACACCAGUGGUAACCUAAGAAAACGGAUGAGUUAUGUUAGCCCAAGUUCCAGCAGUAAACAAAGAGCCCAGUCCCACACAAACAUUUCUGGAGUGGUAAGAGCAAGAACACUGCGACCUUUAGCCAGUGGCGACAACAGUAGAUCAUACACCCUCUUCAGCUCUAGCCCCAAAUCAGACAGCCUCCUCAGUCUUGCCUCCUCAUCUGCUCAGUUGGUGACGAGUACACCUCAAGGUGUAGCUUCCACAACAAAAAUGAUAUCAGGCACACCAUGCAAGCAGAACACUUGUUCCUCAUCUUUGCAGUAUUUGAUAGGGCCAAAGUUGGAGCGCAUCCAAAUGAUAGGAGGCAAACUGGAGCUUAAACAGACGCCAUGUUCCCAGCCCACCACUGCUGGUGUGGGUGCCACCAGCAAAAUUGACAAGUAUGCUCGAAUUCUGUUCCCAGUGUCCUUUGGUGCUUUUAAUAUGGUCUACUGGGUAGUUUAUUUAUCAAAUGAUACAACAGUUACUGAAGGUGGCUAG